UAUUAUUGAUAGUCGGUGGCCGGUGGAAUCAAUAUGUAAAAAAAUUCAGCAGGGUUGAUGCGCGGCGCAAACAAUAGAUUAUUUACAGGUAAAAAAGGAAUUUUGGCGCAAUCGAUAAACGCCCAUGGCUUGAUACCUAUUGAUGGGAGGGGUGGGGAUGAAGCCAAUAGGAUCGUCUUUCGGCCUAUAUGACGGUGGCCGACAGUGGAAACUGAAAACAACUGGAAUCCACAGACAUCAGUGCAUCGACGACGACGACGAAGACAUGGCGUGAUAACUCAUCGUUAAACGUAAUUGGUCAAAUAAUCUCAAUUAUUGGAUGAGUAUUUUCAAUCACAAGAUAGCAAUCAAAAGAUAAGAAUCUGUCUAUUAAAACAUAUAAUUCAAGUUACGUUUAUAAUUAGCAGAAUGAGUUCCUCGAUAUCUAUACAACUGUGGAUUUGUAUGUUAGUAUUCUUUUCAUCGUGUUACAGAGGUCAAGCUGAUUUCUUUUUUAAAGAUGGUUUGAUGGUAAACUACACCGACUGGUACCUUCAUCUAAAAACCAAAGACUUAGAUGAUUAUAUUCAAACAGUUGUCAACCGUUCUAGAAAACGUGAAUAUUGGGUUACGUAUCUUCAAAAUAAUUUAAAUAUGGAUAUUGAAACCCCGGAGCAUGGACUAUUGAUCGAUUCUCAGCUUUCCGAAGAAUUGUAUUCAUUAUAUUGGCAUGCUCAAAUUAUUUCUGAAACUUCCUCCAUUAUAGGUCACAGAGAACUUAACACUGAUGGAGGACAAUGUGCUAUAGACUUAUCGAAAGUGAAACUAGACAAGACAUCUUUGGGUAAGAUUUGUUUGUCCAUGUAUUACAACAAGACAGCAUGCGUCGGGAUGAACUUAAAGUAUCGUAGUCCUGAUGGUUCUUGUAACAACUUGAAACGUUCCUACUCGGGAAAAGCAUCCACUGCCUAUAAACGUUUGCUGUUUAAUAACUAUAGGGAUAGUUUUAUUGGUAAAUUUUAUAGAAUUAUAAUUUACCUUUGUGCAUAUCUAAUGAUGGGAUUUCAUUUACUUCAAAGCAGACAUUAA